GAACUUUUAACUUUACAACAUUUUUAUGUAAUCUAAUAAAUUUUUAUCACUCGUCGUAGUAUUAAACAGUUUUAUUAGAACUUCGUAGACAGAGACCGUUCGGUGUUAGUGAUCAAGUGUAUAUUUAGCCAACAUUUUUUUACUAUAUUAAACGAAAUUAAAAUGAUUUCAACACGGUUUUUUAUGUCAGCGAUUGCGUUACUAAUAGUGGUCCAAUGCACUACUUGUUUAGAUAAAACAGAUACAAAUGUUGGUGCUACCAAACCUAAUAUGAAAUUAUAUAUUGGCGACAGUAAAUCUGAAUCUCUAUCGGACGAAGAGGAAACGACCGAAGAUAAUUCAGAGGAAAAAACAAUGACAAGUAGCGUUCGUAGUUUAAUCACAUAUCCCGUUGAAAAAAUUCUUUCGCCUAUAAAAGGGGUAUUUAAUUCACUGAAAAACGUCGCGAAGAAAUUUAAUCCACUGAAAACAGCAAAUGAUGAACCUUUGGAAAAUUCAACAAAAUAAUUAAUGAAUAGCAGUUUUACAAUAUUAUGUUUAUCAAUACUUAUUAUAAUAAUACAAGUUAUGUUGUAACGGUUUAUUGGAAUUAAUUAAAUAUUUCUUGUUAAGUAUAAACAAACGAAAAUAUUUUAUUUUGUGUUUUCGUGCCUAUCGAUUGGUUGAUACGUUUCUAGAAAUCUCGUAAACAAUAUGAUUUUCUUAUUUUGAUUUUUAUUCUGUCAAUCGAAGGAUCUGAAGAUGCAUUUUAAUUUGUGAAAUUUGAGUAUUACAAGAUAAUUGACGUGGCAUAAAAGAAUAUACGUUGCAAGUUUUCACUGUUUUCAAUUAAAAACAAUGGGGAAGUUGGUAAACACCCAACUGUACAAUAGAAAUUGAUUAUCGAAUUAACCAUGUCAUUGAUUAAUUCCAAAAAAAUUUAAAAUAAUUAAAUUAGUUUUAAUCUUCAUGCUUAAGUCACUGUGAUGUAAAAGUUAUUUUGAAUUUAAUGAUAAAUCAUAUUGUGUAUGCAAAACGGUUACCUAUGUGAAAAUACAGUAAUAAAAGAUCAGUAGCUGUGUGCGGUGUUUUAUCGUUCGAUGUACCUACUUAUUUUACCCCGCAAUGGUAACGUCAAAUUCCAAUAUUACAACAAAAAUGAAAUAGAAAAUAUCUGUUAAUGAAAUGCAGGUGAUAGUAUUGUACACUACCCAAUGAAAACAUUAAUUUUCUUCUAUAUACUUGUUUGCAAAGAUAUACGUGUACACAAUUUUAUUUCAAUUCGUUUAAACAGUAGUCGUUUUUCUAUCAAACUAUU